AAUCUCCGUAUCAGUACUGAAAAUUUUCGCACGGCGUAGAGGCCGUGGAGGAAUUGCACCGCGCCGCAGGAUCGUUACGCGGAUACUGCUACUCGUCGUCGUCGUCGUCGUCGUCGUUUACCCUACUAGAUCAAGUUCAGUUUCUUCUUCCAUUCGUUCCAUCUGUAUUCAGAUCAGUCCGUACUUAUGUGUGCAUCACGCUGGAUCAUUAAGAAAACACGAUUCGUCGCCACGAACGGAAUAGGAGUUGACAUCCUUCGUUGCUUGCUUAGUUAACUUGACGCAAGCUCGCCGGGACAUCGAUCCAUUUCCCCGAUGGCAGAUCACGACAACAUUUACGACGACGAGGAGCUAGUAUCAGGGAAUCCAAAUCAAAGGAACUGGCGUGGGAUUCUGAUAGCUCUACUUGUGAUUGUUGCGGUCCUAGCUUUGAUUGUGACAUCAGUUGCCUUAUUAACACCACCAGACGAAGGUCCAAGAGUAAGAGGUGCCAAAUUAAAACUUUCCGAGAGAGGAAACAUAUUCCAGGUGCUUUCCGGGGAAUUAAAGCCUCUAUUCUUCAAUGGGUCAUGGGUAAGCGGGCAACACAUUUGCUACAGAGAUGUGUGGGGCGGUAUUUCGUUGUUACAUAUUUCUUCAACGAAUGUCACGUCGCACAGCUUAAUGCCCAAUGAAACUUUCAGAAUACUGAACCCGGCUAAAUUCUCAUUGUCACCGGAUCGUAAUUAUUUGCUUCUCGCGCACGACGUCAAAAAGCUCUUCCGAUAUUCUUAUUUAGCACAGUACACCGUUUAUGACGUGAACACACGAGAAACUAUUCGACUGACCCCAUAUCCGGAGAGGGACGUUCAUCCCUAUCUUUUAUUGGCGCAAUGGGCUCCACGUGGUCAGGGAUUAGUUAUGGUUCAAGAUUAUGAUAUUUAUUAUAUACCAAGUCCUAAGAGCAAUACAGGUCAUCGAGUUACCGAUACCGCGGUCCCUGGUAUUUUAUCAAAUGGAUUACCAGACUGGCUUUACGAAGAGGAGAUCUUGCAUCGCGCGGAAGCGAUUUGGAUGUCACCGGAUGGCCACAUGAUGUUAUACGCUUCGUUUAAUGACUCGCUCGUCGAGGAAAUGCAUAUAUCUUGGUUUGGAGAAGGCCAGAAAGCUUUGUACCCCGAUAUAAGAUCUUUACGUUAUCCUAAGCCAGGAACACCGAAUCCCGUGGUGAAACUUUAUGUAGCGGACUUGGUAGACCCUAAAAACAUUCGUACAAAAGCAGUGAAACCACCACCUAGCAUCGAGCACGCAGAACAUUACUUUACGACGGCUUCUUGGGUGUCAUUAACGGAAGUCUGCAUAACGUGGCUGACCCGUUCGCAAAAUCUUUCCGUCGUAACGAUUUGCAAGAGUCCUUCAUGGCGUUGCCAGGAGAUUCAAAAGAUAUCAGCUGAAGAUCGUGGGUGGGUGGACAGCCCAUCCGAGUCGCCCAUCUUUUCAGCGAACGGUAGCAGUUACAUUACUAUAAGUCCAAUAAAGGACGGCCCUGCCGGUUAUUACAAACAUAUUGUAUGGGUGAACGUCGCACAAAAGUUAGUCGUCCCGCUUACUCACGGGAAGUUCGAGGUCGCCGAAAUAGUCGCAUGGGAUCAUGCUAAUCACACCAUAUACUUUAUAGGUAUUCCGCCUAUGCGGCCGGGCCAGAGGCACCUCUAUUACGUGAGCUCGUUGUUACCGCACGUGGGCUCGUCUUUGCAUCCCGCGGUUUGCGUUACUUGCACCACGGAAACGUCGGACAAAGUUCCAAAGGAGCAUCGUACGUCUCCGACCGGGCAUCACAGCGCUUGGCCUGACACGCACGAUCACGAAGCGCAGACCGAAGCACAAAACGCGGAUGACAAGCGUCAAAAGGAGAACGUCUCGAAGAAACAAAAAUCGAAAGCGUACACUCCGCCAAAUUUCACUGAUCAGCCUUGCCAGUAUCACAAAGCUAUCUUCCCGCCGGAUGCUACCGACUAUUUUGUAUUAGAAUGUUACGGACCCGGCAUACCGACUGUUGCCAUUUAUAAAACUGAAUUUCCCAGGCCACGUCUCAUCUAUCUUUUACAAAACAAUACAGCGUUACGUGAACGAGUGGCCAAGCUCGCGCUUCCGCAAGUUAAAACGUUUCCGGUUCAAAUCAGCGGUGGAUAUAACGCACAAGUGAAACUGUAUUUGCCACCUGGAUUAAGAGAGGAUGAAAUCACUCGAUACCCCUUAAUCGUACAAGUAUACGGUGCGCCGGGUUCGCAGUUGGUGACGGAAAUGUUCAAAAUCGACUGGAACACGUAUCUGGCUAGCAGGAAAAAUAUGAUCGUAGCACAGAUCGACGGCAGAGGCAGCGGAGGUCAAGGCUACAAGUUCCUUCACGAAGUUUAUUAUAGGCUCGGAUCGGUGGAAGUGGCCGAUCAACUCGAGGUCACUGAGUAUCUGCGGGACUCGUUGCAUUUCGUGGAUAAACAACGCGUCGCCGUUUGGGGAUGGAGCUAUGGAGGGUUCGUCGCUGCUCUCGCGCUGGCGCAUCCUGAGCAAGACGUCUUUCAAUGCGGUAUAAGCGUAGCGCCUGUUGUCUCGUGGAAGCUCUACGAUUCAGCUUACGCAGAAAGGUACAUGGGGCUACCAGAUGUCGUGUCGAAUUAUAAGGGGUACGCCGAGUCAGACGUCUACGAUAAAGUGGAUCACUUAAGAAACAAAAUGUUUUAUUUAGUGCACGGCACUGCAGAUGAUAACGUCCAAUUUCAACAGUCCAUGGCACUCGCGCAUCAUCUCGUUACGAAAAACAUACUCUUCCGUCAACAGGUUUAUCCAGAUGUGAGUCAUACGUUAGCGGGUGUUAAAACUCACCUUUACUUGUCGAUGGCUCAAUUUUUGGACGACUGUUUCCAAAAACAAGUACCUGCUGAAACAAAAGCUGGUCUCAUUAGCGGUGGAUCUAGUCUGUAGUUGUACAUAAUGUGAUCUAAUUCAACAUUCUCGUGGGAAUUCCAAACACAGAAAGGUUACAUCUGAACAUCUCCGAAUUGUGUUCCGUUCCAUUUAGGAGAAAAACGAUUUUCCGUUAUUUUGUAUAUUGAUUGGAUAUUCUAAGGAAAGGAUACAAGUAGGUGAAAUUACGUUUGUUAUAUUCUAAACGAAAAUUCUAUGUCUUUCAAUGUCUUUCAAAUCUAAAUGAAUGAAAGUGAUAAAUUCUGACAUUAUAUACAUAUACAUCGUCAUACUUACAUAAGACAAAGAUAUAAUAUUUUUGUUGUAAAUCUUGUAAGAAGAGCAAUUCAUAUUUUUUACAUAUGAUAUUAUGUAAGCGGUUGUUUAAGUUCGGUACAUUAUAUCGCGAAAUUUCGGUAUAUUCAUCUCGGAUAUUUUCUCGAAAAAGACUAUCUUUAUUCGACAUCGUGAUUGUUGUCGAAAUCUUCAUCAACGUUCUUCGCAUUUUGCAUAAUCGCGUCCUCUUUCUAUCACUGAGUUCACGUUUGAUUGUACGAUUUCGUUUAUUUAAUAUGCAUAUGAAAUGUAUAUAGAUGCAUAUAAAACUCGUGUAAAAAUGUAAUAUGAAUGAAGAAGAGAAAAUAAAGUUCGAACCAAAGAGAUAAAUGACAGAGGUAAAGGGAUGUAUAUCAUUUAUUGUAUUUUGAACGUAGAGUUUUAUAAAUGUGUAAUAGCUUUUAUUCAUUUAGAUGUCGAUCCUUCUUCUACCAAGUAGAAAAGGUUGAAUAUAAUUCUCAAAUAAUUUUAUUGCGAUAAUGUUACAUAAGACGUUCUUUGUAAUUACAACAGAAAAAUUAUCGGAACGAGGUAAAGAGGCAAUUAAUUUUAUUCAUCGAACCAAGCGAUGAAAGUAUAAUUGAAAUUAUUUUAAACAAGAUCAGAUCAAGAUUUCUAGAAUUUUUUUUUAAUAAUGUUCACAGUCUCGAAAAGAUGAAGCAUUUUCUUAACAAUGGUAUCCUAGCCCCUCUUUCCCUUAAUCCGUACUUGUUCGUAGUUAACAAACCAAGUACGUAUAAAAAUCAAUACAGCUAAGCUUAAUCUUUAAUACAUAUUUCUCAGAUCUCCUCAUCACACGAAACAGACGUUUCACUCAAGUUUCAUGCAAUUUCUUUAACAUAACAUACAUAUACAUCAUAGAUCUAUAAUCCUUUAUACCGAGGAGAGAUUACUGAAAAAUGGCAGCCUAACUUCACCCCGACUGUGUUUGAGCCCCAUCGGGCACCACUCGGUGUCCCAACGAUUACACGAGCACUGCCACUCUUUAGUAGCAUCUCCUCGGUGUCCUUUAUAACGAUUCAUUCGUUACGAUUAACCAUUUGUAAACGGUAUUAGACAAAUUCGAGGAACAAUAAAAAGUUUUUUAAGAAUAAUGUUUAAGGAUCACCGGUAAACGAGUCACAGGUAUAUACCGCUUUACCUGAACUGAAAUAAUUGAUAACUUUGCUUGGAAACUUCCGUAGUAGCUAAAUACAGAAAUCUCUCGAGAAACGUCGAGGGGUAUUGUUCAAUAGUCUGAAAUCGAUUUGACGAUCUUCUUAUUCGAGCACCUACCGAGAUGCAGUAGCAUGUGGUUUUUAAGGUUCGUCGGUUUGCUGAAACCGCGGCUACAGAUAUGGCACCUAAAUGGCCAUAGCCCAUUAUGCACGUACAUAUGACUCUUGAGAUCUCCCGGCGUUGGGAACGACUUCGAACAUUGUGAACACUUGUGCGGUUUUUCCUGAAACAUAAAAGCACUCUUCGCAGUUCUCAAUAGACUAUAAUAGAAACGAUAAAGCUUGUCAAAUUUUACAAUCUAUUUUCUGUAAGUUGCAAACUUCCUAUAGUACAAACUACUGUAAUUAAAUAAAAAUACUGUUUAAAAACUCGACCACUGUAAUGACUAUAAUUAAGAAUAUAAUUGCUAUUCGUUAUAAUCGCUAUGUAAAAUAUGUAUUUGAAAAGCAUAAUUCGUCACUCGGUGACAUCAUGAAAUACAGAAAUAAAAUUAAAA